AAUAGUUAUAUAUUGUUUUAUAUUUUUGGCAUCCAUACCCUUUUUUAGAUAAGGAUUUAAAGUAGGUACAGCAUCCUCAAAGACAGUGUGCAAAAAGAAUGGAUCGCAUUUUUUGCACAUUCUUGCCGUUUGCUGUUAUGUACUGUAUUUUUCUUUGGGAUUCCACCGCGAGCGCUUUGAAAACUCGAUCUGAAGUGGACACUGUUGGGGAGGAGUGUCCAGAGAACAAGAUUGUGACCGUUGAGUACCACUGCCUCAAGUCGGAUGGCCAGAACAGCACCUGUCUCAGGAGGAGAUGUUGCGAGGGGUACAGGUUUGUGAUGGGCCAGUGCAUUCCAGAAACUGUGGAUGUGUGUGCUGGCUCGCCCUGUGAGCAGCAGUGCACUGAUAACUUCGGACGGGUGGUCUGUACCUGUUACCCGGGUUUCCGUUUCGACAGGGAGCGGCACCGUACCCACAGGCAUCCCUACUGCCUCGACGUGGACGAGUGCGAGGAGUCGAACGGCACUGUGUGUGACCAUGACUGCGAGAACACAGCGGGCAGCUUCAUGUGCCACUGCCACAGCGGCUACAGCCUGGCCCCGGACCAGCGCUCCUGUGUGCCCACCCAAGACCUGAGCUCCUCAGGGAAGUCGGACACACUGAUGAGCGCCGGCUCCUGCUCGCUCACCUGCCAGGACUUUGUCAGCAUGAGGAACAGCCUGCUGCAGCUCAAGCUAAAGCUGGGUGGGGCCCAUCCUGCCAGCCAGGCGCUGUCUCCUAGCCUGGCCAACAGCAGUGACAAGCCGUCCCACGGGUGGGGAGGGAAGGGUUCUGACAGCGCUGGUGUGCCCGGCCCUCCUGGCUCUCCUGGACCUCCAGGGUCUCCAGGACCCCGCGGAGAGCAGGGGGAGAGAGGGGAACCUGGAGCUAGGGGCUUGCCUGGCCCCCAGGGGCCUCGUGGAGACAUGGGCCCCAUGGGGCCAGAGCCGGACCUGGAUCAUAUCAAGAGAGGCCGCAGGGGCCCAGUGGGGCCACCCGGUGCACCUGGGAGAGACGGCCAGAAGGGGGACAGGGGCUUACCUGGACCAAGAGGCCCAGCGGGACCCCCCGGCUCCUUCGACUUCCUCUUGCUGAUGAUGGCCGACAUCCGCAACGACAUCAUCGAGCUGCAAGAGCAAGUGUUCGGGAAGAGGCGUGGCAUCUCGCUGGAGGCCCCGCCCCCUUCCAGUGGGGAGGCGGGGCUCGGGGACUGGGGAUCAGGGCAAGAGGACCACACACUGAACACCUGA